GAAGAAGAACGCGGAACUACACGAUUUGUUUCGUUUCUUUGCGCGGCGGGAAGUUUCACCUGGGGAGUAAACAAACCGCAUGGUGAUACACUUUGAACAUGCCGUCCAAGCAGGAUGUGGCCAAAUCCAUCUCCCCGGUUCUGUUCAUGUCCGUGGACGGUGAGCCGAUGUCUUUCUUCCUGCGGCCGGGUCCUCUUAAACGUGAGCUCCAGCCGCUCAUCACAGCGGGAGGAGGGAGGUUGUCUAGCGUCCAGCAGCCCGGAGCGAUUCUGCUGAUUGACCCCAAGGAGAGAGGCUCGAUUACUGAAGCUACUGCUCACUGGUACGUGUCCACUCAGUACAUCCACGACUGUGUUGAGAAGGACGAGCAGCUGAAUUUAGAGGACUACAGGUUAAAUCCUGAAGUGGCCCCAAAUCAGUCUGCUAAACCUAACAGUAACAAAGAGAGCUCACCUGAAAACUUAGGAGGCAGGAGUGCUUACACAUCUGAAGAUGAUUCUGCCAUAUUGAAGUUUGUCAGCAAUCACAAGUCAGACGUCGGGGGAAACCGUGUCUGGCAGGAGAUGGAGAAGCAGAAAGUGACCGGUCACAGCUGGCAGUCGAUGAAAUACCGUUACAGAAUACGACUGGCAAAGAAACAUUCAGAGGUUGUGGAGGAAGACACAACAAAGGAGGACACCGACACAGCAGAGGGAGAGAUCAAGGUGGAAGAAAAUCAAGAGACAGAUGUUGAGAAACCCUCCAGUGAUCCUCCUCAGAUUCAUUCAGCAGAACCAGACCUGACACAGAUAGAUUCCCAGUCUUUACUCGCUGACACCAAUCAACCAGACAUUGUAGAAGCUCAAAUGUUGGUUGAUGAAGUUGUUGAAGAACAACUAGUCAGCCCACAUGAACAACUAACUGCAAGCUCUCAAUUAGAGGCUUUAGGGGCUGAAACAUCAAAUGUGUCCCAAUGUGAAGGACCAACUUUGGACUCUCAGGCAGAUUUCCAUCUCUUCCUUACUCAGACCAUGGAACCAGAAUCAGAAGAAGGACAAACAAUCACCUUGACAGAAAAAGAGAGUGUGCCAGAGGACUCUCCUGCAGCUCAUUCCCUGCUCCUGCACGAUGCCUCUUCCCAGAAAAAAUCAAAAGAGAGGCAGAAGGCGUCCCCUGAGCCGGCGUCCCCUGAGCCGGCGCAACCGCAGCGUCGACUAACACGCAGGCAGCUUCAGCUCGAGGAGUCAUUUGGGCCUGAACCUUACGGCAAAAAACUCAGAUCGUCAUCAUCUUCUGCAUCGUCUUCUCCACAGCCCUUGAGGAAAACAAAACGAGCUGUUAAGGCUGCUUCUCAGAAAGACACCACAGCAAAGCAGCCGCCUUCCAAAAGAGCAAGACGAAAGAACGCCGCCGCAGUGCAAGAAAGUGUGGCUGCAGUGCAGGAAGAUCUCCUGGAGGAGAGCGGACCAGCUAAUGUCCAAGAAACAGCACAACCAGAUGUAUUUCCAGAGACCAUCUGUGAAGCAGCACAAGCAGAAACAGAAUCUUGUCCUGUGCCGCACGAAGGAGAGAAAAAAACAGAAAAGAGGAAGCUGGGGAUUCUCGAAGCAGCUACAAAAGAAUUUGAAGACGAUAGCAGGUCUGAUGAGGAGGAAGUUCCUGAUCUACAAAACCAAACUGAAACAGCAACAAAACAACCCUCAUCAACAGACCCUACAUCAGACGCUGCUGCAGACGCUGCUCCCACAAAGUCUGACCUUGAACAUGGACCUGACCGUCAGGAGGGCGUGCCAGAGACCCAACCGUCCACAAGCAACUGCUCACCAGACACCAGCUGUCCUCAGGCCGCAGCAGCUCAGGCCGCUCAAAGCGAGGCCGCCAAUGCAACCUGCAAGCCCCACCUGUUCAUAUUUGACAGUGAGUCUCAGGAGGAGGACUCUCAGUCCGUUCUUGGUCAGGAUACGGUAGCUCCUGCAAACCAACAGCUAACUGUGAACAAAGACGCUCCUUAUUCGCUGACACAGGCUCAACUGGAAGAGGACAAGCGGAGAAUCACAGAGCUGAUGAACCAGACAAACCAGGAUUUAGUCAGUGUGACCAAAGCCCUGCUGAGGACCAGUGGAGACUUUUCUGCUGCUCGGGAUCUGCUUUUGACUCCAGGCUGUAUUUCAGGACCAUUUUGGAAUCGCCAUGACGACGGUCUCCUACUUUCAGCUGAUCCUGUGGUCAGACAGCAGCUGCAAGGAAAAUACGGUGAGGAUGACCUGGCGAAAAGAAUCGUGUUCCUUGAAGCAGAGAGAUAAGUAUGAAGUCUGACUAAAGAGGAAGACAGCAGAUCUUAUCCUCGUCUGCAUUUGGCAUUUAAUCAGUGUGUGUUAGCAAAGCAAACUGACACGUUCUCUUUUAGUGUUCCCCAUUUUGUUCAGCAUGAAAUCUUGUCAUUUACUGCAGAUUCUCCCGAUUAAAUGAGUUAAACAAUCAGAGACAUUUGAGAAUUCAUAUUUUUAGAUAGUUUACCUUUUAAAAUGUCUU